CCCGCAGCCCGGGGCCGCCCGCCCGCCGCGCCUCCGGGGCGGGGACCCCGCUGCGCGGAAGGGGCCGGCGGGGCCGGGCAGCACGACGCGCCCGGCGCCGGCAUGGGACGGGGAGCUGCCCGGGCGGGGACCUACCUUACCAGUGUGAGAAGAGGAUCACACAAGCAUACUGUGGAUUUUUUAUCUGUACAUGCUACUUGAUUAUCAUCUAUCUUUUAAUGAUUCUCUCAAAAAGAGAGAAGGAUCCAAGAAAAAAACAUUGUCUUUCACUUCUACUUGAGAGCUGGCUGAAUUUUAUGACGCCUUCUGGAGAUUCUACCUGGACCCUUAGAAACAGAGCAGCUCGGGCUGCAUCUCUGAGCAGCAAAGCUCUCCGUGUGGAAUACAGUAAUCAAGUUGCCUUAAGUCAAACCGUAUGCAAGUUGCACUAAUUGUUGUAACUGUACUGCUGAUACCACUCCAGACUUCACUAGGACUUUCCAAGCCAGUAGUUUCUCAUGUGGUUUGAAUGUUUUCAACUGACAUUUGAAUGUUUCUGUUAAAUUUGGUGUGGCUGUGAAAAGUAGGGGUGGGGGUGCAAGCUUCCUGCUAAGUUCAUGGUGAAUUUUGAAGCCUCACUUCCACGUGGGAUCCGUGCUAUGGCAGCAACCUACAAGCUUAUGGUCACAACUGUGAACUGCUACAGCAGCGUGGUGAUAGACCAGCACUUCCAGCACACCGUGCAUUACUGCACAGGCACUUGCCAGUUGUUUAAGCAAGGAGUCACAUGUAUAGUUGCCCACCACAGCGUGUGUGCUGAGCUCAGCGUCCAAGAUGCCAACCAAGACCAUAAAAUUCCUGUUUCUGAAAAUGGGCUUGCCUUGCCUGGAAAUGAGGACUAUCACCAAAUCCUCCCAAAUAAUCCAAGAAUCAAAAAGGGCUCUUCAGUGCAAGCUUCUAGCAGUUUAAAAGACAUUACUGGUGAGGCAAUAAAUCUUGCCAGUGGUAAAAUAAAGGAAUUCUCCUUUGAGAAACUCAAAAACUCUUCCAGUCACGUGGCCUACAGAAAAGGAAGGAAAGUUCGGUCAGAAUCGUUCAGCAGACGAUCAUUUGAUUUUGACGUGAUUUAUGGGCACUUCAGCAAUGAUGAGAACUGCCCUCCUUGUGGCUUUUUGCAGAGUCCCUCACCUGUGGAGAAAUGGCAGGAGAGCAACGAUGCUCCAGAAGUCAGCAUGAAUCCCGUGGUUCCCUUUUCACCUCAUUCUUUCUCUGAAGAAAACUUCAUUACCCAAAUUUUGGAAAAGCACAAGCUGGAUGGUUCUUCUGGUGGAGAUAUUAAGGUGUGCUUAGACAUCUUGCUCAAGUGCUCGGAGGAUCUGAAAAAGUGCACCGACAUAAUAAAACAUUGCAUCAAAAAGAAAUCUGCAGACAGCGUUAGUGGAGGGAACAGCAGUGAUCCCCUGGCCAAUUCAGAAAUGAUUUAUAUGAAUUUGAUGACGAGAUUUUCUUCAUACCUAAAAAAGCUGCCCUUUGAGCUCAAGCCAGCUGGGCACAAGGAAGCUAGUGACUUGGUGGAAUUAGUUAACUGUUUUCAUGGUUUGCAGCAAACUCCCUUUUCCCCAAUAUUUGGAGAUGAGCAGCCACCUAGGUAUGAGGAUAUUAUUCAGCUGCCAUCCUCGGGCGCGGUUCCUCUCAGACCAGCAGGCGAUCAGAGUGAGGUGACGGGCACCUCUCAGUCCAUCCAGACAAGUACUGUGAGCUUUACCUCAAACUCCCUUCACGGCAUCGCACAGGAGAGCAGUGUCAGAGCUGGGAAAGAUGCUUGUGCUCUACCUCAGUUACUAGCCACAAGCCCUUCUGACUGCACGUCUUCCGCUGAGGCUCUGUACAUUGAGGAGGAGUCGGAUGGGGAAAGAGCAUUAGCGAAAAUAAAGGAGAAAGGGGAUUGGGAGAGUUCAGAGCGCAGCUACCAGCUCUCUGGUUGUUCAGACGCAGGUGCUGAUGUUAAACCAGAACAUGCUGGAGUGGGAAACGAGCUUUCCUGUGCUUCUGAGAAACUUCCUCUAAAGCCGCUUUCAGAUUCUGUAUCGCGUGGUUCCCAGGCUGAUGUCUCCAAAGGAGAACAGACGUGCAAGAUAGAUAAGGAUGAGAUAGAUAAACUGCUGCUGGACUUGGAGUGCUUCUCACAGAAAAUGGAGAGUACUUUUAGGGAACCCCUAAAUGAGAAUGAACCUGCCUGUUUGCAGGUGCUUGGCUUGCAGGGUAGGCCGGUACUACCUCUGGCUGUUGAACCCAAAAGUAAACCUGUUGACCCUACUUCCCCUCUGUCACAAAUCAUGGAAACCAACGGCCACAAAAUGGAGGAAGAUGACAAAGCCCUUUUACUGCGUAUUCUGGAAAGCAUUGAGGACUUUGCCCAGGAACUGGUGGAAUUCCAGACAGGCAAGGGAAGCUUGUCCAAGGAGAAGGAAGUGAUGCAGAUUCUUCAGGAAACAUUAGCAGCUCCUCCUCAGUCCAUCCUCCCGGGGCAGAAAAGCUCUGCUGGGGCUGCUUCCAGAGACUAUGUUCCAGCUUUGAUUCAGCAGGCCCCAGAAGUGAUUAAGGUUCAAAGUAAACAAGAGAAGAAACCUGGAACUUCAUCCCCCGUCCCUUUGAACUCAGUGGUUAGCCCUUGUGCUCUUCUGCCUGUGAAUAAAGCCACCAGCAGUACCCCUUUGUCCAUAAACAUUCCACGUUUCUACUUCCCUAAAGGACUUCCGAAUGUCUGCACUAAUCAUGAAGAGAUCAUUGCCAGGAUUGAAGAAGCCUUUACAGAGUUUGAGGAUGAGAAAGCAAACAUCUGUGAAAUGGGGAAAAUUGCAAAGAUUUGUGGCUGCCCACUCUACUGGAAAGCACCCAUGUUCAGUGCCUCAGGAGGAGAAAGGACAGGAUGUGUAUCUGUACACUCAUUUGUAUCUUUGUGGAGAAAAAUCCUACGUAACUGCCAUGAUGAUGCAUCCAGGUUCACCUACCUUGUAGCGAAGCCUAGCUGUGACUACCUUGAGCAGGAGGACUUCAUCCCGCUCCUUCAGGAUGUGGUAGAAACGCAUCCUGGCCUGACGUUCCUGAAGGACGCUCCGGAGUUCCAUUCCCGGUAUAUUACAACGGUUAUACAGAGAAUAUUCUACACAGUCAAUCGAUCCUGGUCUGGGAAGAUCACUCUAACAGAGCUGAGGAAAAGCAACUUCUUGCAAACUCUUGCUCUCUUGGAAGAAGAGGAUGACAUAAAUCAGAUCACAGAUUAUUUCUCCUACGAGCACUUCUAUGUUAUAUACUGUAAAUUCUGGGAGCUGGACACUGACCAUGACCUUUAUAUCAGCCAGAAGGAUCUGGCUAGGUACAGUGAUCAAGCUUUAUCAAGCAGGAUUAUUGAGCGAAUAUUCAGCGGCGCUGUGGUGAGAGGAAAUGAAAUUCAGAAGGAAGGCCGCAUGAGUUAUGCUGAUUUUGUGUGGCUGCUCAUUUCGGAGGAAGACAAAAGGAGUGCUACAAGCAUUGAGUACUGGUUUCGGUGCAUGGACCUGGAUGGAGACGGGGUGCUCUCCAUGUAUGAACUGGAAUACUUCUAUGAGGAACAGUGUGAACGGAUGGAAGUGAUGGGCAUAGAACCACUGCCAUUUCAGGACUUGCUGUGUCAGAUGCUUGAUCUUGUUAAACCAGAGAGGGAGGGAAGAGUAACCCUGCGAGACUUGAAGAGGUGCAGAAUGGCUCAUGUAUUUUUCAACACCUUCUUCAAUUUAGAGAAAUAUCUGGACAACGAACAGAGGGAUCCCUUUGCAGUGCAAAAGGAUAUUGAAAAUGAUGGCCCUGAACCCUCUGACUGGGACAGAUAUGCUGCUGAAGAGUAUGAGAUUCUUGUGGCUGAGGAGUCUGGGAACGACCAGUUACAAGAAAGAUCAUUUGAAGAAGACUAUGAGACAGAUGAAGUCUUAUCUCCCUCUGAAACUGGAGACAAGUCAAACUAGUUAUCUCAGAUCUCUCAGCAUAGAGAAAUGGAGAACGUGUAAUCAAUAUCUGUCAAACUGGAUAGCAGUCAGUCCCAAGACACUUAGGGACACUUAGGGAUUUUUCUUAAGUCCAUCAUUGGCGCAAUGUGCUUUAUUUUGUACACUGUAAUUUGAGAACCCUUUUUCUCUUCUUGUAUAACUGAAAUAACAAUUUCUAUAAAAAGGCUUUCUACAAUGUGUUAUUGUGCACGCUCAUUAAAAAUGGUGAUUGCACCUUGUUUCCUUUAUAUCUUUCCAUAUAAACAUCCCCAGAUGUGCAAUAUAUGCCAGCAUCUAAUGAUAAACUAAGAACUGCAUGCAACAUCUACAGUGGUCAUCUCUCAGUCAGUUCAGUCCUGUCUCUUUAUGACCCUUUGAAUUUAUACCAGUGACAUGAAUUGCCAAAUUAACUUAAAUAUACAUCUAGAAAUCUUUUGAAAUACAAAUCACAAUGAAGUUCUUAUUUUUGCUAGUGUCCUGGAAACCAAGGCACCGUGCCUGCACAGGGAGAGAGUGGGGUCCCUUUUUGCUAUUUAAAGCUUUUAUAGAUGAUACCGAACAAAUUUUACUCAUCAAUCUGUGGACAGUUAAAGUACCCCAUGAUAUAAUGUUUCUCUGAGAAUUUAAGAUACAUAUUCUGCUGUGCAUGAGAGUAUCUUCCCUAUGAAUCAGGCUAGUGUUUUGCCUCCAUAAAAUUAUUUUGUAGCAUAUUUACAACAGACAUACAGCUGGUGUGCUGAAACUGCUGUGUUUUGUGUGCAUCAAUUCUGUUUCCUUCUUCUGCUCUUCCCAACUGUUGUAAUCUUGCUAAUCUGUAGCCUUCUGCAAGAGACUAAGCUGAGAUCAUGAAGAAAAACCAUCAACCCUAACAUAGUAUGGUAAAUUUCUGUUAACAGAGGCAUUCUUUAACUGGUAAAAGAAAUAAUCCCUAAAUAUUGCUGACUUUUUUUUUCCACCCAUGAAAUAGACCUAGUCUUGGAGAGAAAAUGGUGUAACUGAUGAAUUCUUGCUGCAAGUGCAAAACUAAACUGACUCCCUGUGGAAUUUCAACUGGCGUCUCCAGUAACAGCACAUGAUCUGCUGCUGGAGCUGUCCCUCCUUUCCGACUAGUAGCUCUUUGUGAUUCAGCACAGAGGUGAUUGCAACAGUCUUCACUGUAACUGUAUCAGCCCUCACUUCUGGCUGCCAUAGAUGAUAAAGGAAUAGAUUUGGGACUUACCUUCUCCAGUUUGGCAGAGGUUUCACCUGCCAUACUUGAUUUCAACUAUCGUAACUGCGCCCAAGUAUGUAAUGCUUGGUUGGUAUGUAUACACCAUAUUUCCUGUUGCCUCACCGCAUGAAUAUCAAAUCGUGACUCUUCGGGACAUCCCUGUAUGAAUUGCUGCCAGAAUACCAGAGAGACAACUGCCAGUAUCAGAUCUCCAAGCGGGCAGCUCCAUGUCUGCGCUAAAGGCAGAACCCAUUCAGUUAAUAGGCAACUUGUAUAUACAUGCAAACACUAUUAGCCCGGCACAGUUUGUACAUAACAAUGCUAGCACAAUGGUACAUUAAUCCCUAGAUGAUACCUCUUAAGUGUUACUGUUAAUAACCAAGUAAGUAAUUGGCUGAUCACUACAAUGCAGCUUCAACUUUUCCAGGAGCCUUUGAAGUGUCAUGCCUGCCUCCCGAUGCCUAGGUGGGACAUACUGCUGCCUUGUUGAGGUUAGUAACUCGCUCAUCAAGAUCAAAACCUGAAAGAGAGGAAGUUUUUAGCUACGCUGGGCUUGAAGACCUGUUCUCUUUUCCACGAACAAAGCUGCUAUUUUAUCUAGAUGCAUAUAUGGAAAAAUCCAGGAUCCUGGGAUGCAUACAUUUUUUUCAUAUAUUUGGGAAACUCUGGAUGCCCAGGUUCUUAGCAAAGGCACUUACAGGUAUCUUGCAUUCUACAGUAGAAGAUUUAAGGGGGGGUGAGGGGAGAGACACCACUCUGACCAAGCCCCUUAAUGGAUAAGCCCCUUAAAUGCCUCCUUGAAUGCAACAAGCACACAAGAGCAAGAGCACAAGAAGACACUCUGCUCAACAUCAGGAUGUUUGAGUUACAUCUCCAUUAUCGCUAUAACCCAGAGAGGAAAAGCUUUACUGGGAAAGACUCCACAAAGACACAAAUGCAGAAAAAACUAGGAAUGACUGCAGAAAUGUACAUAGGAUGAAAGUUGCACAACUGCCAAGUGUAACCAGCUCUGUCCACUUUUCACCUGAAAGAACCAAGGCAAAGCAUUGCAACUCUUUUCUUCAGUAUCGGGGUUUAGUGGCCCAUAACUCAUAGUUUGAUGAAAUUUGCAAUCUUUCCAAAGACAAAGAUUACUCAACGGAACAAGAACAUAACCCAUUCUGGGCUGAAAUUGAACCUUCGUGUUACUUUAACUGCUUCUCUGACAAAGUAGAGUGAUUCAAACCUAAUUCAUGCUUUUCUAGCAGGGCAACACAACAAAGCUAAUUGAGGGAAUAAUAAUAAUAAUAAUAAAUUAAAAACAAACAACCUUACAGCAAAUGUUUUGCCUCACAUACAAGGACAAGUUACAGAAACCACCACUACUAUGAUCUCAAAGCAAAAUAUGCAGUAGUUUGUAGUAUUUCCUUCUGGAGUAGAAAUCCAGUCUCUCUCUUGUACCUGAGCAAAUACACGUACAAAUAAUCGUAACUCAGCAACCACAGAUCAAUUGAUAAAUGACACAUUCUACAUCCGACUUGCAACUUCGCCCUGCUCAUAGCUUCUCCAGAUGGAAGGUUUCUAAAGCUGCAGUAUAUAAGCAUAGUAAAUUUGGGAACUCCUGUCAUACUUUCAGAGUUUCCCUUUCUGGGAUAGUCAAAAUAUAAAAAGACCAGGAUGUUUGCCAAUACAGACACCAAUCUAUUCAGCUGCAACACACGCGUUUCAGAGGCUACAAAGCUCUCUAAAAUAAAGCAACCCAAGAAUUAUAGCACAAAAGACUUGUAGGAACCCACUUAUUUUGACUUCACCUCCUGUCUGCAACUGUCAGUGCCACUUUAGAUGUUGCAUACUUUUAAAGACAGAUCUUGUAUUUUUCGUUGGAAGUCUAUCUCAGAAGUCUAUUAUGAGCUGGAUUCCUUUUUCCCUAUAGUCAGAAAAAUUAGUAAAAUUCAGUUUUGCAUGAUAAAAGAAUACAUCUUUAUUUGUUAGCUCUAGUCUGAUUUUAUCUAGCAAAAAUACACUGUGUCCUUACAGAAAACCUCACUUAUUAUUUUUAUAUUCACAAAUACUCUCUCUCCGCAGUACUAAGACAGGAGAUGCGGUUUGAUACAACCACAUGCAAUUACUGCUCAAAUGGUACUAGCUUGACUUUUUUUCUUUUUUUUUUCCAAAAUCUCAGUAGUAAUUCCUUCACUACAGUUUUUGUCUGCAAAGCCCAGGCGCUGGCAUAGUUCCCCUUCUGCUGGUCUGCCACCAAGCGGCAGUGUUGCAAAACAGACACGGACAGCAAAAAGAAAUUCCAGUCAGUCUCAGGUUUACAGAAAACAUGGCAGAAAACCUUCCUGCUUUUGUGAGCUAAGAAUUUAAGAAAGCUGACUUGAGAUACGCCAACCAAGGUACUGUGUUUAGUUUCUGAAAUACGCCUGGAAGACCAAAAGAAAAAAAGAGGUCACUGAAGUGUCAUUUUAACGGUGUGUACUUCUGGAGUAUGGCGCUUCUAAAUCACAGUAACCUAGGUCUAUGCAAUUAAAAAUGAACCUCAGUGAAGAGCAUGAGCUGCUGUAAUAAAAACAUGUAAACGAUGCUUACCCUUUUAAUCUUGUGAUGGUAUAUGGGUGAUGGUUUUAGAAACUGAAUAUUUAAAUAAUAAAGGUUCUCAUACUUUGUAAAAAUAGUGUGGAGACAUUUUGUGCUGGCAUGGUUUUAUCCUUGUAUUUUUACUUUGUAAUUUCUUUUUCUUUUUGGCAAAUAAAGGACUUCUGAAUUGAAGAAGU